AUGAAAUCAUCAUCGACUCUUUUGAACAAAUUGUUAUCAAGAAAUUCAUCAUCGGCAUCGACAACAGCCUUAUCAUCAGCCAUUACUAGGUCAUUUUCGUCUUCAUUCUCUUUUCAAUAUGCUCCAAGAGUGUUGAUAACAGGAAGCAAUGGACAAAUUGGUGUUGAAUUGUCUGCUGCUAUCAGAGCCAGAUUUGGAAAGGAGAGUGUUGUUACUAGUGAUGUUUCACUUCCAAGCAUUGAAUCUCUUCAAAGAGGAGAGCCUUUUGUUUUCUUGGACGUCAACAACAAGUCAAGACUUGAGGGAAUUGUUAAGAAGGAAGGAAUUACUCACAUCAUUCACAAUGCUGCAUUUUUGUCUGCUGCAGCUGAGAGAACCCAAUUCCUGCAUUGGAUAUUUAUUCCAUCUUCUAUUGCUGCAUUUGGUCCAACAACUCCUUUAGAUUUAACACCAGAUGUCACCGUCCAAAGACCAACAACUAUUUAUGGUAUCGGAAAAGUUUAUGCUGAACACAUGGGAGAAUAUUAUGCCUACAAACAUGGUGUCGAUUUCAGAUCUUUGCGUUAUCCUGGAAUUAUUAGCUAUUUGACUGAACCAGGAGGUGGUACUACAGAUUGGUCUGUUUACAUGUUCUAUUAUGCCCUUAAAGGCGAAUCGUAUGAGUGCUUUGUCAGUGAGAAUACUCCAUUACCAAUGAUGUACAUGAGUGAUUGUAUUCGUGCCACCAUUAAAUACAUUUUCGAUUUGACCAAUGAAGAUUUGAAGAAGGCCAAUCAACGAACCUUUAACAUUACCAGUUUCUCACUCACUCCUGGAAUGCUUCAUCGUGCCAUUCAAAAAUACAUUCCAUCAUUCCAAGUGACCUACAAACCAGAUUUCAGACAGCAAAUUGCAGAUUCAUGGCCAAAGGCAUUCGAAGACUCCAAUGCAAGAAACAAAUGGGGAUGGAAGGAAGAAUUUGAUUUGGAUAAGAUGACUCGAGACAUGAUCAUCCAUUUGAGAGAAAAAAUUGGAUGUAAGGUUGAGGUGAGAGGUCUUUAG